GCUCACUUCACACCCAUGAACACCCCCCGCACCUCCCCACGCACGCUGCUUGCGAACUCUCUGGAGUCACAGACUGCAGCAGCUCCAGGACCGAAUCCUGCGCGCGUUCGCGCGUGGGGCUCCUCUGCGGGGUGGAGGGAGGGGAAGGAAAGCCUCUUCGUCCUGUCCUGAUGUGUGAGACAUUUUUAACUGAGGAGCUAUGGAGCCGUGUCAUGACUUAUCCCACUAUUAUAGACAACUGGAAGGCACUGACAUUUUGUCCAACACUUUAGCUUCCAAUAAAAUCCACACGCCACUGCAAAUCCCACCACGGGCAACUGCAUCAGAGGACAGAUAUCAGGAAUUCAGGCAAUCACACCGAGUACCUCAACUCCCAUGGGGAACAGAACGGGAAUAUGGCGCCAUGGUACCAAUUUCACUGCCAGAAGAGCACAGACCAAAAUCGGAGCCUCCUCGCUUAUUCAGCAAAGGACACAAGCAUUAUGGCUUUGGUGGAGACCCAUGGCCAAGAGGUGUUCCCAUCCAACAGUUCUAUCAUGUGACCCAGAACAAGAAGAGUAACCUUUAUAACAAUGACUCCUUGCUUCCUAAACCACCCAAUACCAUAGCAGAGCCACUGAACAUGGGGUUUCCAAUUGGACACCCCUAUCAGACCCACAUCUCUCGGUGCGCCAUGUUCCCAAGCUUCACCUCCCCAAAGGACAUGAACACCGGCCUGGCUGUGAGCGCCAAGCAGCCUUUUCCUGCUUCCAUGCCCACGGGGCCGUAUGAAACAAUCGUUCUGAAGGAAACAAAAGGUAAUCCGUAUCGACAUGAAAUCCUGGACUUUCCCUCUGACUCCCGAAAGAAAGCCUUGCAUUGGCCUGGGCAGCACAUGUAUUACGACUUUCCUAGACGUAUUCACAAGAAUACGCAGAUAUUCUACCCCAAACCUCCAAAACUCUUGGCACCAAACACCACCUUAACCACACUGGAUCCUUUACUCUCUCUAAAAGAAGCCAACAUACGAAGAAAUCUGGAGCGGUCCCAUUGGAUAACAAGCUACACACAUGAUUUCACAGGUUCAGGCCCCGUGAACCCCCUCGAGCUGGAUGAUUUUCAUGAAAAGGAGGUGGCCACUUUAACUGGCCAGAUAGGAUUUGACCCACCACCUCAAGAACAAUCCCACCCAGCAUUUCUUCCCACCAGACCUCUGGAAGGCCGUAUUGCACGUAUUUUGCACGGCCGCAGACCCCGAGACUCCAUAGUUAUCGAACAGAGGUUACCUUUGUGUCCCGAAUGCACCCCUAGCGUCCUGUGCAGGGUACAUUCUGUGGUGCCCAGUCAUGCUGAGAUGAUGCUCGUUAAGGGGAGUACUCCAACAGGACCUGUGGCCCGCAAGAUCCAAAUUUCUGAAAUUGAAGAGAUGAUCAGAGAUAGGGUAAUGCCACCAUCUCCAUAUGCUUUCCCACCUCACUGCAAGACAAAAGAAGACAUGGAUGAUUUCUAUAAGAUUUAUGAACCAAACCCAUGCCCCAAAAUCACAGAUACUUACAGGAAUGAUGCUUUGUACUGGAGGCAGCUAUCGAUCAGGCCUACCUUCCCAAUGUGUGUUGAGCCUGAGGAUUUUCUCUACUAUGACAACAUGAAACGCAGCCCGCUAGACCAGUAUAUAGUGUGGCGUAACCCCAUUGGCCUCAGCAAGCCCAGUAUUCUACCAGAGCUGGCAGAACAAAAACCUCCCUUUUCUCCCUGUCACCGUUUCAUCAACAAGUCACAGGAGUAUCCACAGAUUCCUGACUCGGGGAGUCAGGAAGAAAAAGAUCCCCACCCCAAUGUUAGGGUGGCUCGGCCACAGACCUGCCUCCUGGAACUCCAAGAUUCUUUCUCCAAGACAGAUGCACGAAGACGGUUUCAGGAAUCAGUCACAGAACACCAGAAAGACCUCCGGGAUAACGAACACUUAGGAAUGCGACACAAUUUCUAUAACUAUAAUGCCUAUUAUUUCUUUAACUGAUAUAUUUCUUCAUUCCCGUGGAAACCUAGCAUCUGGCAAGAACAUUAGAAAAUAUAUAUAAGAAUCCU